GCGCCAUCCCGGAAAUGGCGUCUAUAUAGCCCCGCUUGACGGAAGCAUCUCGUGUAUAUUACAAGGACAAAGCCCCUAGCUGUGCUUGAAUCUGCCUAAAUCUGAUCUCUCCAUCUUCCUCUACAACCACAACACAUAAUUGCUGUAGUCCUUCAUCGAAACGUACCGUCAAACGAAACAGCAACAUGGCAUCAGCAACCGGUAUUCCAGAACGGAAUCCAGCUUCGACCGGUUACGGCGAGGAUGAGCCUUUGCUAGGCAGAGCUGGAGAUGCGAGUCAGCAGAAAGACAAGGCACUGCCAUACAAUCUGAUUCUGGGCACAGCACCAAUUGCACAGCUCGGGAUAUGGGUGUUGACUGCUGCGGUCUGGGGCAGCGUGUUCUCUCAUGACUUUAUAUUCUUCUCGUACCACCCACUCCUCAAUUCUGUCGGAAUCCUCCUCGUCAGCCAAGCUGCUCUCAUCCUACAGCCCACGCAUACGCCCCAACAAAAGAAAAAUGGAACAUAUGCACAUGCGGCAUUCAAUGAUCUUGGUGUAGCAGCCCUGGUUGCUGGCCUUAUCGUCAUCGUAAAGAAUAAGGGUGACCACGGUCACUUUGAGUCUCCGCACGCGAUCUUGGGCCUCAUCACCUACAUCCUGCUUGGCAUACAAGCUCUCGUGGGCAUCACAAUGUACUUCGUUCCGGCCAUUUACGGAGGAGUAAACAAUGCAAAGAGCAUCUGGAAGUACCACCGCAUGAGUGGAUAUCUGGUCUUUGUGCUCCUGCUGGCAACUGUUGCUGCUGCGACACAGACGUACUACGUCAAGAAUGUGUUGAAGCUUCAACUUUGGGCCGUCAUUGUCACAGCAGUAAUCACGCUCGCUGGGAUCUUGCCGCGGAUCAAGAAACAAAAGCUUGGACUGUAGUCGAACGCACACAUAUAGCACAAGCACAGACCUGACGACCGUAAGGGUUCAAGACAAGUAUGCGUCUAAGCGAGGAUGUCCCAUGACGGACGGAAUUGUCGAGUGGUGAAGGGCAAGGUUAUAUAAUUCGAAUGUCACAAACACACGGAAGAGGGUUCAGCAUGGCACAGGCGUUUUGACCACAAGCAGUCUUAGCGCGCGAUCCUUUAGCAAGGGACUAGGAUGCAAGAUAUAUCACUCAGUCGGCAAGCGUAGGACGAAUGUGGAGAGUCUCAGGGAUCUAUGAUGUACUCAUUCUGUACUGCAUACAGUAUCUAACAUGUUAUCCUCCCUGUCCCGCGGCAAAGGGGCACUCUAGUUCCGUGUCAUGGUCCGUGAAUCUUGGCACUCAAAUUGUC